GAUAGUAAAAGUUCUAUACACUCCGUGUGACAGUUUCAAUAACUUCUGUAUUUAUAAAGUUAUGUAUUAAUUUUGUUUUUUAGUUCUUUUAUCUGAAAUCAUAAACAUGGCUCUACAUUCCGCUAUAAAGGGAAAACUUUUAGCAGUUAUUGGGGAUGAGGAUACCUGUGUUGGUUUUCUUUUGGGAGGCGUUGGUGAAAUAAACAAAAAUAGGCAUACAAAUUUUAUGGUGGUUGAUAAAAAUUCAAGUGUUGGAGAAAUCGAAGAUACUUUUAAACGCUUUUUAAAACGAGAUGAUAUUGAUAUUAUUUUAAUCAACCAGAAUAUUGCAGAGAUGAUUAGACAUGUCAUUGAUGCACACAUUCAGCCCAUUCCAGCAAUUUUAGAAAUACCUUCAAAAGAUCAUCCUUAUGAUGCCAACAAAGAUUCUAUUCUACGUAGAGCUAAGGGUAUGUUCAAUCCAGAAGACAUGAUAUAAUCAUGCUGCUAUACCCUGAAGGAUUAUCACUCACUAAACUCUACUACUGAAAAGUAGAAAAAAAAAGUAACAAAAAUUAAUAAUUGGAUUUAAUUGCUGUGGAAUAAAAGAUAUUGUUUAGUUUGUUAGAUUUCAAAGAUGUCAUGUAUGUACAGUGUAUGCAUAUACGUAUAUGUCUGUAAAGAUCAUUCUUAAAUCUUAAUAUGUUCCAUAAUAGAAGUAUUUUAAUGGUUAAAAUCUAAGUAAUUAAUAUUAUGAGUGAAGAAUUUUAAUUUUAUUGUGUAUAUAGCUUGCAGAUUUACUAUAUCAUAUGUUUAUUGAAUUGUUUCAAAUAAAUUUUGAAAAAAUA